AGCGCAUGUAUUGUCUUUGUUAUUUGACAUUUUCAUCUCUAUAUCCCGAUUUCCGCAUUGCUCCUAACUUGAUGUACUAUUUUAAUAUAUACUAGAAGUCGUGUAUUCCGCGUCACCAUUCCCAAAGCUUCCUCGGAUGAGUUCUUUGUCUCCAUGUCUUAUGUCGAUGGCACGUUCUCCUUCAUUCACAAACAACCUCACAGGAGACGUGUUGACAGCGACGUCAUUCUACUAACCUGUUUCUAUAGGCCAGCUGAAACAGUAAGACUCAACCGACCCCGUCCUAGGGGAAAGCCAACUCUUGCUUCAGUGGGGUUAUUUGUAUUUGACAAGGUUGGAAAGCUGGUCGUUGUUCUCCUAUCACUAUGCCAUGAUCACUCUCCCACAAUUGCUGGGUUCUCGCCGUGGAGUUCUGGAUGCAGACGCCGGUUUAUCCUUGCUGUCUCGAUUGCGUAACAGAUAGCACGGAAACUGGACCUCGCGGCGAAGAAUGCUAUGACCUCAGCCAUUGGGCCAUGUUCUUGAUUGGCAAUAUAUUGCAU